UAUUUUGAAAUAAAUAGGUGGCAGGAAAACUCGAGCGUAGCGAGAAGCGACCUCGCGACAUCUUGACUUGCGUCAGUCCACGAGUACAACUCUUGGGCUCUAAAUAUCUUACAUCCAUGUAUCGAAACAUGUCGACGACAAGCGUCUUGGGGCAAAAAUAUCGAACUUUUGUGCAACAGCCGGACCAUGCGUGCCGAGCCGCCAUAAAUAUGUCGCGGCCCCAGGUCCCGCGCCCGGGCCCGGCUAGCCGUUUGUGAUGCUUGUGAGGGAUUUGAGUGAGGUGCAUCUGGUUUAUCAUGGACUGUGGAGUGGCGUGGCGGGGACAGGGCAUGUCGGUGCCUUGGCUCGGCGUUGGCAUACCCCUAUGCGUCUCGCUGAGCUUGCAAGGGUGCUGUUCAUGUCGCCGGUACCCAUCGCCGCAUCUCUUGCCCUAUAAGGGGCUCAGCCAUUUUCCAGCUGUACAAAGCUAACACCCCUUGUUUCCAUCGUCGUCCUUGUCUGCACUGCUGAUGGUGUGCUAGGUGUGCGUUUCAUUCAGAGACGACAACAUGGGCAACCCUCGAGUGGUGGCACAGAAGCAGCAGGGUAGCGGCUGGGCUCACGCGCUUCAAACCAUCAGCGUUCUGCCCGACGAGAUCCUCAUGGUCAUGGUGCUGGAGCUGUGCGAGUCGGGCAGCCUGUCCAGCGCACUGCGGAACGGCACCUUCACGCCGCAGCCCGGGCGGCUGUCGCCGCUGACCGCUCGGCGUAUGCUGGUGCGCACCGCCACAGAGGUGUGCCGCGGCAUGUUGCACCUGCACAACGCCAACGUCAUACACGGCGACCUGAAGCCCAGCAAUGUGUUGCUGUCGCACUCAAGCAAGGACCGCCGUGGCUUUGUGGCCAAGGUCGCGGACUUUGGGCUGUCCAAGCUCCUGAACGACAAUGCCAAGCACGUAUUGUCGGACCAGUUCGGCACUGUGGCAUACUCUAGCCCCGAGGCCAUCAACGGCAACCACAGCAAGGCCUCUGAUGUGUGGGCGUUCGGCGUAAUGCUGUGGGAGCUGAUCACGUUGGAGCGGCCCUACAGCAAGCUGUCUGUCCCGCAAAUCAUGGCAGGCAUGAUGCUCAACACACUGCACCUGGAGUGGCCGCGGCACCUGUGGCCGGGGCUGUGCGCAAUAGGCGAGCGCUGCGUGGCGCCGGACCCCGCCGCCCGGCCCAGCUUUGCGCAGCUUGAGGAGGAGCUGGUGGUGCUGGAGGAGGCCAUGCGGGAGGAGAGCCGCCGCCGCAUUUUGCUGGAGCGGGCAGCGGCCAGCACUACAGCCAGCACCACGGCCAGCACCACGGCCAGCACCAGCAGCAAGGCCGUGGCCGCCGCUGACUGCCGGGCGCAAGAAGUCACUGCGGCUGCAGCGCCGUGCUCGCCUUUUGGAGCGGCGGUGGCGCCGCAAACUGCUGAUUUCAUGACAGAUGCAGGCGCGAGCAUUGCGGAGGCCCAACCCUGAUGAGCGCAUUGCGUGCAUAUGCAGUCGGCAUGUCGUGGUCUUAGUGAUUCAUGCUACCUGAACUCUUAUCUGCUAUCUGCUUGAUUGUGCUUGCCUGCCUGUGGGAACACUCGAGUCAUGAGUGUGUCAGUAAGAGUGGGUGUUAUUGUAGGAUAAACGGGCAUUGCUGAGAACUCAUGUGUAGGUACAUUCAAGUGCACAACUGGGGUGCUUUCAGUGUUGUACAUGGGAAAGGAUGCAUUGCUCAAAAUAUAUGUACUGCGACUGCUGCUGGUCUAUCUAGGGUCCUAUCGUGCCUAACCCACGAAUGAAUUCAAUAAUAUGCGCCAAAACCGUUGUUUGGUAGGCGCGGUGUCAGUUGCUGGUAGCUGGUAGCGUCUUCGUACAUGCGGCGUCUGCAGUGUCUACCUUCGUGCAAUGAAGCCCCUGCUCAGUACUGAGCACCAAGGUACCGCUACAGGGCAAUCUAUAAUCACAUCCCGUGAUUGAUCGUAAUUCUUCUUGUGGAUGGGCCGUGGGCCUGCGACUGAGGCGCAUCGUCUCGUAUCUUCCAUCUACGUGAAAACAUUUGCCCCACGCCUAAGGCAGGGAAAUGUUUUGGGGAUUUGGGGCCGCACUUCUAUAGUGUAGACAUGUUGACGCAGAGUUGGCGGUACAUGAAGACUUUUGCUUGCCCCUAGGGAGAAUGUUCUGGGCGUAAUGCCGCAGGAGGGUUAAUACCGCUCUGUAAACGCCGCACGCCUGGGGGCAUCUACAAGAUAUGAAUGCAGAUGUUACAGAUGGGACAGUCACACGGGGGACACGCGCGGUUAAGGGUACCCCCCAACUUUAAGACCCUAGGCAGGGGUGCUAUGCCAUUCGUUACACGCUGGGAUUUCGGCAGUAGCAUAGUAACACGUUUGCACCCUUCCGGUGGUGUAAUGGAUGGUAUAG